ACAAUAUGUGAGUUGCAGUCCCAGGAGCUGGUGGCAGUGAUGCCCCUGGAAAGUCGUCCGCUGGGCGCCGCCAGUCUCCGCCCUCUGGACCUGAGGACGCCGUGAGGCACGUUCUCGCGUUAGGGGACUGUUUCCUGGCGGCCCGGGGCUCGGUCUUCUCAUCUGUGAAACGGGGGCGCUCCGCAAGCGGCGCAGCGGCGUCCGGGAAGGGCUGCAGGGCACAGUUCCGGGCGGCCCAGGCCCUGGCCGGGGAGGGAGGAGCCCCACUCCCACCACGUGGAGCGCCCGCCCCGCCGGCCGCGAGGCAGCACGGAAGGCUCCCAGGUGCCACCCCGCCGCUGUCCUUCCAGACCACGUCCCCGGGACUACCAGCCCAGGUUGCUAAAGCCGCCAGCACCCCCGAGAGCCAGAAGAAAGCGGGGGGGGAGGGCGGGCCUGGGAGGCGUGACCACUGUUUCCCCCUCCCUUUUUAUUUUUUGUCCGCCGUUAGGAGAAAGGUCCCCUGCGCCUUUAAGAGGCUGACGCGGCCAGCCGAUUGGCCGAGACUCGCGGCUGACGUCACGCCGGGGCCGGCGCCGAGGCGGCCCCGUCGGCCCGUGCCCUCCCGCUCCCGCCCCGCCGCGCGCCCGCGGACAGUCGGCGCGCGGGCCGAGCCGCCCGGCGCCCCCUCAGCCUUCGUCGUGCGCCCGCGUCGCCCGCGACCCCGGGGCAUGACCCCUGCCCGGCACCCCUAUGGCCGCCGACGUCUUCAUGUGCUCCCCGCGCCGACCUCGCAGUCGGGGCCGCUCGGUGUUGCUGAAGCCCCGGGUGCCGGAGGACGACGACGACGACUCGGACACGGAUGAGCCGUCCCCGCCGUCCGCCUCCGGAGCGGCCGCCCUGGCCCGGGCCCACGGGAGCGCCGCGCCGCCGCCGUCCCGGGCCGGGCCGGGCCGCGAGGAGCCGCCACACCGCCAGCAGAUCAUUCACAGCGGCCACUUCAUGGUGUCCUCGCCGCACCGCGAGCACCCGCCCAAGAAGGGCUACGAUUUCGACACGGUCAACAAGCAGACGUGCCAGACCUACAGUUUCGGCAAGACCAGCUCCUGCCACCUGUCCAUCGACGCGUCGCUCACCAAGCUCUUCGAGUGCAUGACCCUGGCCUACAGUGGGAAGUUGGUGUCUCCAAAGUGGAAGAAUUUCAAGGGCCUGAAGCUCCAGUGGAGAGACAAGAUCCGGCUCAAUAACGCCAUCUGGCGGGCGUGGUACAUGCAGUAUUUGGAGAAGCGCAAGAACCCCGUGUGCCACUUUGUCACCCCACUAGAUGGCUCUGUGGACGUGGAUGAGCACCGCCGGCCAGAGGCCAUCACCACAGAAGGGAAAUACUGGAAGAGUCGCAUCGAGAUUGUUAUCAGGGAGUAUCACAAGUGGAGGACCUACUUCAAGAAAAGGCUGCAGCAGCACAAGGAUGAGGACCUCUCUAGCCUGGCCCAGGAUGAUGACAUGCUAUAUUGGCACAAACAUGGGGAUGGAUGGAAGACCCCUGUCCCCAUGGAAGAGGACCCACUGCUGGACACAGAUAUGCUCAUGUCAGAAUUCAGUGACACCCUCUUCUCCACGCUUUCUUCACACCAGCCAGUGGCCUGGCCCAACCCACGGGAAAUAGCACAUCUGGGAAAUGCAGACAUGAUUCAGCCAGGGCUAAUUCCUUUGCAACCCAACCUGGACUUCAUGGACACUUUUGAACCUUUCCAGGACCUCUUCUCAUCCAGCCGCUCCAUUUUUGGUUCUGUUCUGCCCACACCUGCCUCAGCACCCACACCAGAGCCUAACAGCCCACCUGCUCAGGAGGGCAUCCUAUCAACCACCACCCUUCCCACCGUGAGCCUCCCUGUCAACCUCGUUGCACUCACUGCAGAUACUGCUCUGGAUCCUCCGGAUCGGCAGGGAGCCUCCCAGCCUGGGGACCCCUUUAUCCAGCCCACAGACUUUGGUCCUUCUGCACCACCACUGAGUGUGCCCCAGCCUUUCCUCCCCAUCUUCACAAUACCUGUGCUCUCUCCUAGUCCUGCCCCGGCACCGGCUGCCCCAGCCUUGCCAUUAGUUGCCUCUCCAGCUCCUGCCCUGAACCCCCCAGCUCCAUCUACCUUCCUGCAGCCCCAGAAGUUUGCAGGAGUCAGCAAAUCACCUUCUGUCAUCACCCACACAGCUUCUGCCACUGUCACCCAUGACGCCUUCGCCACCACUUUCAGCCAGAGCCAGGGCCUACUCAUCACAACUCAUUGCCCCACCCCUUCAGCUUCCCCCUGUAGUCUGGCAUUGUCUCCUGCUACCCAGUCCACCACAGUCGGAGCCCCCCAAUCUUGUUUAACUUUUGUGCCACCUAAACCCGUAUCCCAAACUGGAGGGAGGUCCAAGCACCCUCCAAAAAUAGUGCCUGCUUCCAAAUCAGAGCCCAUGUCCUUGGUACUGAAGAAUGCCUGCAUUGCCCCAGCUGCCUUUUCAGGACAACCUCAGGCAGUGAUUAUGACGUCAGGCCCUCUGAAGAGAGAAGGGAUGCUUGCAUCAUCCAUGGCCCAGUCCAACGUGGUCUUCACGUCUGCAACCAUUGCCAGGGCUCCUGGCAUCACAGAGUUUCACAGCGGCAUCCUGGUGACAGACCUCAGCCACACUGCAGGCAGCCAGCCAGGCCCUGUCUCCCGGCUCUUCUCCCCCAGCACUGUGCAGGACACCUUGGUGAAGAGAGAACAAGCCCCACCUCAGGGGGCCAAUCCCCAGGUCCCUGCUUUGGGUCCCAGUCGAGACUGCCCAAACUCAGGGCAGGCCUCCCCAUGUGCUUCAGAACACAGUCCCAGUCCUCAGUCUCCCCAGAACAGCUGCUCUGGGAAGUCUGCAGAACCCAAGAACGUGGCUGCUUUAAAGAACCGGCAGAUGAAGCACAUUUCAGCCGAGCAGAAAAGGCGCUUCAACAUCAAGAUGGGCUUUGACACCCUGAACAGUUUGAUCUCUAAUAACUCCAAGCUGACUAGCCAUGCCAUCACGCUGCAGAAGACAGUGGAGUACAUCAACAAGCUGCAGCAGGAGCGCCUGCAGGCACAGGAGGAGGCCCGGCGGCUGCGGGAACAGAUCGAGGAGCUCAACACCACCAUCAUCUCCUGCCAGCAGUUGCUCCCUGCCACAGGCGUCCCUGUCCCCUGGCGCCAGUUUGAUCACAUGAGAGACAUGUUUGAUGAGUAUGUGAAAAGCCGGACCCUGCAGAAUUGGAAGUUCUGGAUUUUCAGCAUCAUCAUCAAGCCACUAUUCGAGUCCUUCAAGGGGAUGGUGUCUACCAGCAGCAUGGAAGAGCUGCACCGCACGGCACUGUCCUGGCUGGAGCAGCACUGCGCCCUGCCCGUCCUCAGGCCAAUGGUGCUGAGCACCCUUAGGCAACUGAGCACCACCACCUCCAUCUUGACGGACCCCUCUCAACUGCCGGAGCAGGCUGCACAGGCUGUCACCAGAGUCGGCAAGAAACCCGGGGAGUCUUAGCAGCACUCAGCAGCUGUGACUGCAUGCACCGCUCAGGGGACCCACCCUGUCUGUGGGGAGAAGGCUGCGCCUCAGGCUCUUCAAGACCCUCAGGGUACCCUGACUCCCCCAGCCCUGUUGGGCUGCUCAACACCGUGCUCAGGUCUGAAGCAGGUUGGGUCCCACCCACAGCAAUAGCCCAUCCCUGGGGACCCCUGCUUUGAACUUUCAACAACCUCAGUCACCAACCCCCCACCCUCAGGGCAGCCCAAAGUGGGGACACUGCCUGUUCCAGUCCCGCACUGCCUUACUGUGCUUGGUACGUGGUGUAGAGGGGCAGAAGAGGCAGAGCCUGCUCCUGUGAUUGGGGACACUGGAUCCCUUCCUGUUCCUGUCGCAGCCUGGUGACCUGGAUUGUUCGCAGUGACCCCCAUGCCCAUGCCCACUCUGGCCUUCCUGUGGGGCAGUAGGGAGGCAUCUUCUCCCUCCCCCGCAGACUUGGACCCCACAGACAGAUGUGCUGUGCUCUCCCACUGUGCACUGCACACUGCACACUGCUGGGGGCCGUGCUUUCAGGGACUCCAGGACUCAGUGUGCAGGACCAUCGUGUGAAUGCAUGCAAGUGAGAAGGAAAGCACAAACAAUGCGUCAUGCUGCUCACUCUGUCACUGUUUAGUUCCACGUGGCCUCGCAGUAUCUAGGGUGUCACUGACUUGAGAACCACAUGGGCUUCGUGCCAUACCUCCUGGCAUCACCUCACAGUCAUCGUCCCAGUUCUCUACCUGCUUUGGAGCAGUGUGUGAAGCCAGACUCCACAGAACUGUCUCGAUCUGCUAAGUCUCUGAAUUGUACAGCUCGGAGCCUCAAGUCAUGACAGUUCUCGGACCAAAGAUGUUCCCGCCCCAAGUCAGUCCUGCCCUGUGGAGGAGGAAGUGGAAUGGUGACAGGCAGGACUCUGCAGCAGUUAGCCUCAGAGCUGUCUUGAGGUGCUGCCCAGAUCACGAUGUAAAGAAUUGUACUUGGAGGUGAUCAAGGUGGAGGAGUAUCUGGGGAAGAAGGCUGUUGAGGAAUGCAGGUGCUACAGUUGGGAGAGUUACAAGGGGACAUCCUGCAAAUCCCAUGCAGGGGAGGAGCUGUCUUCACUCUCAGGAAACCCUGCCAGUGGCACCUCCACGUCCAGUGAAUGUGCUUUAAACAUCAUGCUGUGAAGGUCAGAGCAGCCCAAAGACCUCCUGUGGUACCUCUGAGCUUCCUCACAGAGCUGGACCAGCUAGGCCUGACCAAGGGCCUGAGGUGACUGAGGACCAGGGAGAUGUUGAGCUCCAGUUGUUCCUGGAGGCCAGGGGAGGGUUUUCAGAGGGCGCUAGCUUGACAAAGGACAUCUCUCCCUGCUCCCCAUUUGUCUUUAGCCCUGAACAAGAGCAGCUUAGUGGCCCCCUCAGCUUCUUCCCCAGAUGAGUGUUUACAGGCCUUCUUGAGGGACAAGCACAAGACAAGGCUGGGCUGAUCCUUGAAAUGUUCACUGGGAAAUGGAGAGAGAAUUCAUCCUUUACCCCCCAGGAUAAACAUGAAGUUACCCUUCAAAAGGGAAAGACCACUGUGGUAAGAAUUCCACAAGGUCGGAGGGAAAAACUGGGAUGUUCCCAGCUGUGAGGGCCUCAAGUAGGGCCUUACUCGGCCCUGCCACUCUCUGUGCCUUUGCAUGGAAUAUGCGCAGCUGGCCUCAUCAGCCUGGGCUUCCCCGAAUCAAUAGCUUUCUUUUUUUUUUUUUUCUUUUUCUAGCAACUCCAUGGGAUAUAAAAUUAGCUUCUUGCUUUGGCCCACUUCUCCCUUCCUCCCUGUUGCUGAAUCAGAUGUUCAGCAUUCUGGGGUUUUGUUUGUUUAUUUUUGUUUUGUUAUUUGUUUAGAUAUUUAAGGAUGUUAGGUUUUGUGAGAUUUUGAAGGGUGUGUGUGUUUCCGUCAGUUCAUCUUUCGUUGUGUACCAGUAGACUGUAAGUAGGUGCAUGUUUCUCUUCUGCACUAUUUACUGAAAUCAUUUCUCUCGGUGCUCACCCACAAAGCUGUAUCUCUUUCUACAGACACGAUUAUUUCUUGUCCCACACAUGUUUUCUUGCUUAGAAUCUUGCCUGAGCAAUCUGACCAGAUGGAGGGGCUGGCUUUGACCUCCAUCCUGGGCUUCUGGGCUGGGGUGCAGGUCCAGGGGUGACCCCACGGACACUGCCCCACUCUGAUUUGUUUACACUUACUUCCGUCCCCAUAUGCCUACCCCCACUCCCAGAAGAGAUGCUUAAAAAUGUUGACACUCUGGAGGAAAGGAAAAAGACUGAACAGAAGAAGAAGAAAAAAAUGGCCUGUCUGGCAAAUAAAUUUCUGCAAGUGUU